AUGGCUUCUAAUGGUUCGCAGGUGCGGGGCCCUCCAGAGCCCUGCGCCAGAGAUCCAGGAUGUAACUCCACCUCGACCUGUCCCCCAGAAGCCACUCGCCUCCCCAGCGCUGGCCCCGUGUCUGGGUGCCAGGCGCUGAGCUUCCUCCCGAGGACUCGCCUGUCCCCGGGGUGCCUGGCACCGUGCUACCUGGCUGCCAGCGGCGACAGUCCCUGCGUGGUGGAGCAUGGCGCUUGGUGUGAGGAUGGGGCGUUCAGCAGCAAUGAGAAGGAGACCAUGCAGUUCCUGAACGACAGGCUGGCCAGCUACCUGGAGAAGGUGCGCUCCCUGGAGGAGACCAACGCGGAGCUCGAAGGCAAGAUCGCUGGGCAGUGCGAGCCGGGCGCCCUGUUCGUGAGCCCCGACUACCAGUGCUACUUCGACUCCAUCGAGGAGCUCCAGCAAAAGAUCUUGUGCACAAAGGCAGAGAACUCCAGGCUUGCCGUGCAGCUCGACAACUGCAAGCUGGCCGCCGACGACUUCAGAUCCAAGUACGACGCAGAGCUGUCCCUGCGGCAGCUGGUAGAGAACGACAUUAGCGGCCUACGCGGCAUCCUGGGGGAGCUGACGCUGUGCAGGUCCAACCUGGAGGCGCACGUGGAGGGGCUGAAAGAGGAUCUCCUGUGCCUCAAGCAAAGCCACCAAGAGGAGGUCGGCGUGCUCCACGGACAGCUUGGAGACCGACUCAACGUGGAGCUGGACAUGGCCCCCACCGUGGACCUCAACGGGGCCCUAGAGGAGAUGCGAUGUCAGUAUGAAACGGUGCUGGCCGACAACCGCAAGGAGGCCGAAGAGUGGUUCGCUGCCCAGGCGGAAGAGCUGAGCCAGCAGCAGCUGUCCAGCGCCAAGCAGCUACAGUGCUGCCAGACGGAGAUCCUGGAGCUGAAGCGCAGGGCCAGCGCCCUGGAGAUCGAGCUGCAGGCGCAGCAGAACCUGACCGACUCUCUGGAAUGUACUAUGGCAGAAACAGAGGCCCAGUACAGCACCGAGCUGGCCCAGAUGCAGGGCCUGAUCGACAGCGUGGAGGCGCAGCUGGCCGAGAUCCGCUGCGACCUGGAGCGGCAGAACCAGGAGUACGAGGUGCUGCUGGACACCAAGGCGCGGCUGGAGGGCGAGAUCGACACGUACCGGGGGCUGCUGGACAGCGAGGACAGCAGGCUGGCCAGUGACCCAUGCUCCGCGGCGUCCGCAUCCAGCACCACCUGUGAGCCCAGCCCCGCCUACCUCCUUUGCACUGUGGAAAACUGCUGUGCAUGA